AACAUCAACGGGGUAGACGUACGCUCACACGCGGACCUUUGCUUACUCGUGAUUUUUUCUCGUAUUACCUCGAAAACGUUUUAUCGUUUACUGCCGACGCUGAAAAACCCGUUCCGCACGGCCAUGUUUGUCGUGGCAAACGUUUCACCGACUAAAUCCAUCGUCUACCAUGCCGUCUUUGGGAUACGUUUUCUUCGACGUCUUGUUCGACCACCUACGAAAAUUUACGCUACGAUAUUAUCACGACUCAAGUUUUGUGCUUUCCGAUAUAGUUUUAUUAAGGGGUCUCCUCUUCCCUUCGAUUAUUUGCGAUAGCAUCGGUGAAAACGCCAAACCCGUGCAAGGUCUUUCGAGCAGCAUACACGGACGACGUAGCCCUCGAUUACCGCCUGCCCUCGAGUAUAUCUCUUUUCUCUCUCUCUCUCUCUUUCUAUCUUUCUAUCUUUCUAUCUCGCUCACUCACUCGCUCACUCUCUCUUUUUCGCUCUCUCUCUCUCUCUCUCCCUCUUUGUAUAUACGUAUAUAUCUCACUCAUUCACUCGCUCACUCUUGCAUUCUAUUGCGUUCCAUCAUUUAUGCCUCCUCUCUCUCUCUCCCUCUUUCUCUCUGUCCUCUCUCUCUCUCCCCUCUCCUCUUUCUCUCUCUCUUUUUCUUUCCCUCUCCCUCUCUCUCUCUCUCUCCCUCUCCCUCUCUCUAUCAUGCACCUCGCGCGUAUCUCUCGAUCCCGCACGUGGGUUCGAUCCGGACUUCUUCAACAUGUACGCCACGUUGGCGUUUCAAAACAUCGCAAAAAAUAAUAAUGAUGAUUAUGAUAAUGAUUAUUAUUAUUGUUAUUAUUGAUCACAUUGAUUAAUGAUAUACCUCGACUAUGAUUUUUCCAAAUGAGAAAUGGGAAGGAGAGGGCGAAUCAAACGCACUCUUUUUUUGACAGAAACUUGAAAUGGAGCAAUUAGGAGAAGGACAAGCCGUCGUUGUUGGAAGUACUGGUGGAACGGUACAAGUUGUUCAAAUGGGACAAGGAGGACAAACUAUGAUGUUACCUCAAGCUAUACAAGUAGCAGCUCCUAACGGACAGAUUCAAGUUGUUCCAGUUUCCAGUCUUACUAAUACGGGCCAACAGAUUGUUAUACAACAACCACAAACUCCUCAAAUUAUUCAAACUCCCGAUGGACAGACUUAUAUUUAUCAACCUGUUCAAAUAGAAGGCCAGGUUCAACAGACUCAACCUACCGUUAUAAAUAUCAAUGGAAACCUCAUGCAAAUAGCAGGCACUACUUCACAAACUACAACCACAGCUGCAACAACAGCGCCCGUACAACCGUUAGCUAGUCCAACAGCGACGGCUUCGCAAGCAGGGAAUGUAGUUAUGAUGGUGCCAGGAAAUAGUGGACAAACGCAGUUUCAAAGAGUAGCGUUACCAAAUGCGGAAUUCUUAGAAGAGGAACCUUUAUAUGUGAAUGCCAAGCAAUAUAGACGCAUAUUAAAAAGGCGUCAGGCACGAGCCAAAUUAGAAGCAGAAGGAAAAAUUCCAAAGGAAAGACCGAAAUAUCUUCACGAAUCUCGUCAUCAACACGCAAUGAAAAGAAUUCGUGGCGAAGGUGGUCGUUUCCAUUCGGGUCAAGUAAAGAAACGGAAGUAAGUGCCUGUGUAUUGUAAAAUUUGAACGUACGUCUCUCUUCAAUGAAGUAAAUAGUGUUCGACUAUGCGUUCUGAUAAAACGAAUGCAAAAUUUCAUAAUUAUCUAAUUGAAUCAACACUGAAUUCUGUUGGUUACUGGAACAAUAGAAAGUGUAAAAUAUCAUAAAAACUUGGUCAUCUAGAACUAUGCGUAUAAACUAUAAGAACGUGCAUUCUUCUUGUAUACAUUCAUUUUGGUACCAAAUGUGAAAUUAACGAACUAAAUAAUGUUACUUCGAGAUAUGUGUGUUUAAUGUUCGAAGAGAUAUUAUAGAGUUUAUUACUUAUACUUUUUCUAUGAUAUUUAAUCGUAAAAAUGGAAAAACGAAAGUCUGAUUAAUAAUUCAGUGAUAUUUGAAAAACGGCACCAAUCUCUCUGACGGUCUACCUACUGUAGAUAUUUAUUUAAAAGGAGAUUGAAAGAGAGAGAGAUGCGUUAAGGAGAACUAAAGAGAAUAAAACGUGUGAGUCAGUGAUGAAAUUGAACUCAUAUUCGUGACUAAAUAACACAUCUUUGAACAUACAUAUAUACCCACUCUUGUAAAUAAAUAUCUUUCUCUCUCUUUUAACACAAUGGAAGGUCGAAUAAGAACUUCACUUUCGUUAGAAUUUGUAUAUACUAAGAAACAAACAAACAAACACAAAAGAACACAAAGUCAAGAAAUAAUAAAAUGCGGUGUUUAUGUCUGUAAUAUUUUUCUAGUGCUUAUUUAUCUUGCAAAUCGAAUGUGAGCUUGGUAAAUCAUAGUAAAAUAUUGGACUUUGUUAGAAAUGAUACAACGAUGACGAUAUACGAUACAUACAUACAUAUAUAUAUGUAUAUAUAUAUCGAUCAAUACAAUUUUUUAUUGAUCAUGUUACACGAGUUCGUGAAGCACAAUUAGAGAAAUUCAUUUUUAUCGUAUAUCGUAUCGAAAUCAUCGAUUGAGAGACUGAAUUAAUAAUUUAUUAUUAUGCAUCAUAUACUGGGUACCAUUACUGCGUUUAAUUUUUAAAAUAUAACUAUUUGAUAUGCGUACUUCCGUUAUGAAUUUCAAACAACGCUUUUAUGUAUAUACUUUCGAAUGCAAGUACAAUUAAAUUUAGAUUAUUUCAAAAAUUUUAUGGAUCUUGGUUAUAUGCUAUUAUAUAUUGAGUUUAAAGAUGAAAUGAAAAAGAAAAGAGAAAAGAAAAAGAAUGGAUUAUUUGUGCACGGUGGUUUAUUUACACAUAUACACACAUAUAUAUAUACAUAUAUAUAUAUGUGUGUGUGUAUAUAUUAGGUUGUCUCAAAAGUUUCUUUUGUAUUUAACUGGCAGAUACAGCAGCUGUGUAUGUAGAGUGAAAGAAUUUGAAACAACCUAAUAUAUAUAUAUAUACUUACAUACACAUAAUGAUGUAUAUACAUAUAUAUAUAUAUAUGUAUAUAUAUGUAUAUAUAUAUGUAUAUAACAUAACAUCGCAAAUAAUUAAAUAUUUUUGCCCAGAAAAAAAGGUUUAACGUAUGAUACAUAUUAUUAAUUUAAGGGAUAGUCAAAUUGUAUCAAAUUUAUCGUAUUAAUUGUUUUUGAAGCUUCUUUUCCAAAAUCAAUCGACAUGUGGAUUUUAUAUGUUGAAAUAAAAAAUAAUGACUUUGUUUUAAAAAUCA